AAACGGAAAAUUAUAGUUGCUAAGAAUGUCAUAACAUGGCAUUGCUCAAGUAAGCGUCGAGGAUGACACUCAAGAAAACUCGCGUGAAAUCAUUAACUCCAGUAUCUCGCUCGUCGCCCUCAAGGUCAUCUUCCUGCUCGACCUCGUUAAAGCGAUUCCUUAGCUUAGACCGUCGGGGCUGCCUAUGCGUGGUAAGUGUGAACAGUUCUUCCAGACUUAUAAAAGCAUCGUCUGUUGAUUAAAAAUAUUUUGGGGGGCAUAUAUACUGAUAAUUUCUUGAACAAAAGUUCAUGAUACGCUUUGUUAUCUGUAGAUUAUUGCCAGGGCGUUUUAAAUCGGUUAUCGCAACGGUGGGUGUCUAGUAUCGUCUUGAAGUGACACUCGCACUCAACAGAACGAGAUGGAAGGCGAAGGCGAGUGGCUGUGGGAAACAACAGGGUACUUUAACUCUUUCAACCUCUGUUACCAGCUGACCCUCGCCGCCCGGGAGCCCCUGGCCGAGGAAGGCGUGACCCGGGCUCUUUCGCAUCUCUUCAGAAAGGUUCCUCCCUUGCGCACGUGUUAUGGGCGGAGAGACGGCGACACGUGGCUCAGGGAGAUGGCAAAGGAGAUCGUUGACUUCGAGGUAGUUCCAGAUACCACGAUGAGGGACAUGCAUGACAAACUACAGCAUCACCAAUAUAACACUCGAACGGGACCUUUGUGGUGUGCUCGGCUCUGGCCAAGACCCCAUUCCUCCCUCCCAGAUGACGAGCUGGGGUUGGACAAGUCUCGCUUCCCUCACGCAUACACGCUGUUCUUCGGUUUCCAUCAUGGCAUUAGCGAUGGCAACACCAACAUGAGGAUCUGCGGCUUCUUCGUGCAACUCCUCAAUGACGUCUUGGCCGGAAAAGCUGUCAAGGAUGAGGAACAACUGGGCACCCUCGUGUCCGACGAGAGGACGAAGAGGCUCCUGGAAGAGCGAAUAGCCAGGAUGGAGGCUGACCCUCAAGUCAAGCAGGGGGCACUGGACGAUUACAAUGCUCGCCACGAAACGCAUUCUCUGAUAAGGUCGACAUUUAAAGGUGUGGGAGACAAGGCAGGAAGGAGCUUGCUGUUGGCAAGGGAUGUGGACGUCGCCACCACCGCCCAGUUUGUGAAACGUUGUCGUGCUGAAAAGGUUAGCGUCAACUCGGCCUUCACAGCGCUGGCGAACGUGGCCUUGGUGGACCUCCUGGUGGAGGGAGGACUUGAGCAGGACACGUACAGCAUUCGCGGGGACCACAUCUUGAAUGCUCGCCGGUACUGGGAAGGCGACGCGUCCGAUUAUCUCGGGUGCCACAUUCUGCCUCAACUGGCAGUGAUUGUCCCAACGCCCCGCGAAACUGGUGGGAAAUUCUGGGACUACGCCCGGUUGUUGCAUGCGGAUAUGAAGCGGAAAAUAGAAGCCGGGACAGCGCUACAAGAUGAGGCAGCAAAAUACUUCAUGCCGGAAAGACCUAGUUUCGAAACCAUUUUUUCAUGCGAGUUCGCUGUAACCAACAUGGGAGACGUGACAAAAUUGGUGACGGAAGGUGGCGAGCAUGUGCAGGCGCUACAUGUCCUAAGGUCUGUGAACGUUGACGGUAUACCUUGCCCUUGGACACAUCUUUGCCACACCUUCCGCGGUCGCUUUAUCCACGUUCUCAUUUACAACACAGCAUCUGUCACUUCACAGAUGGCAGAGGAAUACUGCGAUAGGCUUUUCCGCCAUUUUACAAGUGUUGCUCUUCUAUGCUGAAUCAGUCCUUCGAAAUUGCUGAGAAGAUUGCUUGAAAUGAAUAUUAGAUACCUUGUUUGUGCGACAAUAAAUUUUAAUACAAAUGCUGUAAAAAAAAGUCUCAAAAUUCCUUGGUUCAGUAACAUUCGGAAUUAUAACCAGAAAAGUAAGUAAGCCUAUGAUUUUAUAAUAAUAUAAUUCGUGUCAGUUGUCUUUGUAGCUUAUCUUUGCUUGGGCAUGUAGGGUAGCAACCAAGUUAUCUUUGCACAGGUAGACCCACUCCAUUUUAACGAAAAUCCUUGUUGCUUACUUUCGAUAUAAGCCCCGCUCAUCCCCUUUGUUCAUUACAAAUAUGGAAUGUUUUUUUUUUUUUUCUUUUCUUUUCUCUUGGUUUCUUUUUCAUUUUUUUUACCAUUGUUAUUACUAAAUCCCUUUCAAUAAAAAUCCUCAGAAAAUACGAUGGCCAUUAAAAAAGGGACAGAAAUAAUGAUGUCAUCUUAACCAAUGAGAAUGGCCUGUGAGAUAUCAGAUAUAGGUAGAUAAAAAAAAAGAAUUUACUUGAUAUUGUUAUAAUUACCAUAAGUAAAAUCAAAACUCCCCUCUUUAUUAAUGAUAUUGAAAGGUUCCAUACCAUUAACUGUCAUCAGAAUACUCUUUGGGAAAAAAAAGUUUCAUUUUUGGUUUCAACAGGCUAAAUGGAAGUGGAUCUACCUGGUUAUAUGUUCCUUGAUAUUAACAAUAUCUACUCAGCUGUUGAGAGGACAAUAAUCAAAGGAUAUGCUCAAACAGUCGAGCAGUUAGUCUGUCAUUAUUCUUAAAACUGUACACAAGAUAACAGUAAUCUUACUUUGGUUGCUUUAAAUUGAUUUGUUUCAUUUUCUUUCUGCCAGCGGCCUUAACUAGAAGAUGCAUGAUAAAACAGUCAAUUCGUCAAGUAAGUAAGUAAGUAAGCAAUAAUGACAAGAAAAUAAAUGUGCUAGACAUCAAAGGUCAUAUAGCACUAUGGUAUUGUAUUGUGUAGGGAGGGUUUUUAAAAUUCUUUAUUUCAAUUAAAGUGUGAAGUUUCGAUGUUCAUUUAUUGUAUGCUAGUAUAGUAUUUAAAGGAGUAGGAGGAGAGGGUAGAUGGGGUUAGGAUAGGUAUUGAUGAGAAGAGGAAGGGUUAAGGACGAUGGAUGAUUAGAUCAAAUGAAGGAUAUUUAUGCAUCUGAGGAAGGAGAAUAAAUUAUCAAUAAAAAGGUGGGGGAUUCUGUAAGGAUGUCUGACAGGUUGGGGGGUCGGGGAAGAAGGGAUAUGUGAGGAAAAGUAAGGGUACGGGCUUCGGUAAAGCGAGGACAGGAUAUUAGGAUAUGUGGGACAGAGAGAAAGACAUUGCAUGUAGGGCAUAGAGGUAGGUUAGAGGGAUGUGGUCAAUUCAUCAAGCAACUCAUCAUUCUCUUAUCUGUUUAUUACAUCUUUGAAAUGUAAUUUCCUUAUGCUGUAGUUAACACAAGUGAGUUCUCAGUGCUAGUAAUUGUGUAAUUAUUAAAAAUUAUUUGCUAAAUCAGCAACCAAAGUUAUCACAGUCAUCAUUAUCACAGCAAAUGAGGAAAAUCUCUUUGCUCUUUCCGAUUCAAAUAAGGAUAAAUAUUGCCAGGGUAACUGGUUUUAUACCACAAUCUUUAAUGACAACAUAUAUUUUGUCACUGAGGGAGAACACCUUGAUUUAUGACUUGUGUGAGCCUGUU